UGUCUGAGCCUCCCCCGCGUAGGGUGCGCCCCGCACGUUUAUCCUGCCCCGGAGCGGCGCGGGCACCCAGCCCUCGCUCCACAGUCGCUGCGAGAUGCUGCGCUCCACGUCCACUGUCACCCUGUUCUCAGGUGGCGGUGCCAAGUCACCUGGGAUGCCCAGUAGAAGGGCAAAUGUCUGCAGACUGCGGCUGACCGUGCCUCCUGAGAAUCCAGUGCCACAGCAAACAGAAAAGAAGAUUGAGAGGAAAGAUCAGCCUCCAGAACUAAGCAAUGGAGAAUCUACCAGGAAGCUCCCUCAGGGUGUCGUCUAUGGUGUGGUGCGAAGAUCAGAUCCCAAUCAGCAGAAGGAAAUGGUUGUGUAUGGCUGGUCCACCAAUCAGCUGAAAGAAGAGAUGAAUUACAUCAAAGAUGUGAGGGCCACCUUGGAGAAAGUGAGGAAGCGGAUGUAUGGAGACUAUGAUGAGAUGAGACAGAAGAUCCAACAGCUCACCCAAGAUCUGUCAGUUUCCCGUGCUCAGCAGGACUAUCUAGACAGUCACAUCCAAGCCCAGGCAUCAGCCCUGGAUAGCUUCAAUGCCAUGAACUCGGCGUUGGCAUCGGACUCUGUUGGUUUACAGAAAACCCUUGUGGACGUGACUUUGGAAAAUAGCAACAUCAAGGAUCAGAUCAGGCAUUUGCAGCAGACCUAUGAAGCAUCCAUGGACAAGCUUCGAGAGAAGCAGAGGCAAUUAGAGGCUGCUCAAAUGGAAAACCAGCUGCUAAAGAUGAGGGUGGAGUCAUCCCAAGAAGCCAAUGCCGAGGUGAUGCGGGAGAUGUCGAGAAAGCUGUACAGCCAGUAUGAGGAGAAACUGCAGGAGGCACAGCGCAAGCACAGUGCAGAGAAGGAGGUGCUCCUGGAAGAAACUAAUAGCUUUCUGAAGGCCAUCGAAGAGGCCAAUAAGAAGAUGGAGGCAGCCGAGCUCAGCCUGGAGGAGAAAGACCAGAGGAUCGGGGAGCUGGACAGGCUGAUUGAACGCAUGGAGAAGGAACGGCAUCAACUCCAGCUCCAGCUCCUGGAGCAUGAGACAGAACUGUCAGGGGAGAUGGCAGAUUCUGACAAGAACAGGUACCAGCAGCUGGAGGAGGCAUCAGCCAGCCUCCGAGAGCGGAUCAGACACCUGGAUGACAUGGUGCAUUGCCAGCAGAAGAAAGUCAAGCAGAUGGUUGAGGAGAUCAUGUCGCACGAGCUCUUCUCGACAUUUAGUCUCCGGCUCUUUGGAAGAUGAUAAGAUGGUAGAGGCAGAGGUGGACGCAUCUUACUGGGUGUGAUUAGAAGAACAGUUGUACAGUCUGCGGGGAAGAGUUGGUGUGUGUCUGUACAGAGCCCUGGAACAAACAGGGAAGAUAUGCUAUUCAGAGGAACCCUUGAUCCCUGUGGAUUGCUCAUGAGAGUGUGAGAACACUCAGAAAGUAGCCUCUACAAUACAACCUUAAACUGCAGAUCAGAGACCUCAGAGAUCCACGGUAUAUUUCUGUUUUGAAACUUGGGUUCCUAGACAUCAAAGUAAAAACUGCACUGAAAAAAAGAGACUAUUAAAAAUAAUUGAGAAACUGCCAGGUGGAACUGCCCCAGAAGAUGCUCACGGAGAAGAAGGGAAGAGAGGCGAAGUGCAUCAGUGCUCUGGGAAGGAGGCGCCCCGAGCUGGAUCACAAUCCCAAAAAUGCAGAUGCAGCCAAAUGACCUCAUAGUUUGGUUGUGUUUGUAUAUGAUGGCCCUCAUAUUUGAAGAUGGCCCUCUGGGUGUCUUCUCUGAGUGACUGUCUGCAGUCAUUGUCCAUUAAGGUCUCUUCUUGUUUAAGGAAAGUUUGGUUUGCUUUUAACCCUCUGGCCAUUUUGCCUGAAUAGACAUGGUUCAAACAACUUCAGGAAAAGUGGGAGUGUGCCCAAUGAGAAGAGAAAUACACCUAGCUAAGAUGUAUGGGAGUGAGAUAAGCAAGAUGUGCAUUAUGCAUAAUUUAUCUUCAUAGAGGCCUUUAUUAAUCACCAGCAUGCUGUUAAUUCAUCAAAAGGUAGCAAGGGUUGCUGGGAGCUAGUGGGUAAUAUGGCAGCAGUGUUAGGUAAGGGUGGCAUCAGCCUCCAUAAGCCAGCAGACCUGGGUGAUGCAAUGAGUAUCCCUCUGCCCUUGGCACUUCUACAAGUCUCUUACUUUGUUGUUUCUCUGUAGGAAAGUGUGUGUGUUGGGUGGAUGCUGCCUUGCCAGUGUUUGCCUUGUCUUUUUAUAUCUGUGCUCUUGUCAGCUCCAGCUUAGGGGGAUAAGGACAGGAAGGAAGCAGAGGAGACGGUGCCACACCUGUAAAGGGAUCUUGGUGGCAUGAACUUGACUGUGGCCCAUUUAAAGCCGGACCCCACAUACUCUGUAGGGGUUUGUGGAGUGCUGGAGUCGGAGUGGAAAAGCACGCAUCCCCUCAUGAUUCUAGACGGUAACUUACUUGUGCUCUUCCCAGGAACUCAGUCUCUGGUAUCUCUUCCAGAGCAAGUCACUACCCAGUUUUAGAAGGUGACAUCAUGUGACUUAAAGGAGUAGCCCUGAACUCUAGAGAAGGUGGAUCUUGGGUGACUCUCUCUGCUGCCAUGGUGUGCUCAUGUCUGUCUGACAUUUCUCCUCUCUUGGGUUGUGGUCAGUCCCUGGAAGCCAGGGACGCCCUGUUCUAGGAUCAGGUGGGAAGUUGCUAGAGUGUAAACACUCUCCACAUGUUUCUCGAAUGCCGUUCUCUCUUCCUGUCCUGACCCUGGUUGUAGGCUAAGUGGUGAUCUUCUUAGAUCUGGGUCUUUUGCUUUUCAACGGUUUGCCUCGACGUACCAUCCUGUGUCUUAGAUCUCUGUCUUCUGACCUAGGUUAGCUUGGUCAGACUUAACUUGCUACCAAACCUGACUCGUGUUCAAAUCCUUUGUCAUGCUAUUCCCCCUUUUCCCUCCCCUGGCUCUCAUUUGGACCCUUUGCCUGGACUUCCAAGACUCUUUCUUGUCUUCUGGCCACUCUCCACCUCAUCUAAAGGCAAUAGUGCUCAAAACUUGGAGCAGGACUCACUUAUAGCCAGUGAACAUGUUAUCCUUUCAAAGUCUAAUGGCUCACAUAGUAUAGUUGCUUCUUUAUUUUAAAAUCUUACUACUUUAUGUAAAACCUGAUGUUUUUAGAAGUAUCACAAAGAACACAGUUGGGUCAGCCUUUCUUCUCUGUGUAUUCUAGAUUAAAACAAAACCACAAGAACACACAGGCCAUACAUAGCCAGUGCCUUUAGUGUAUAACCUUUGUCAACCUGGUGAAUGGUCACUAUGGAUUGGGGGACAUAGUGCUGUCCUUGGCUGGCUGGCCAGGCUUCUGUGAACUAAUGCUCAAGCCCUUCACUGAGUUUUGAAAUCAAUCCCUUUACCUUCCCUCCUGAUAAUUUGUACAAACUCUCUGUCCUGUUGGCAUGGAUCAUUUAUUGAAAAGUACUUGAGUACUGUUACUAUCUGCCAGUCAAUGGGAUUUAUUUGUGGCAUCUCUUACAUAAAUACUGUGUUUUUCUAUGGUUACAGUUAUCAGUUUUCUACAAUGUUGUAUGUCUUGUUUGUCAUUUUCUGUAAUAGUUUUAAAGUUGUGUUUGUCAUCUUUAUCUUUCAUUGGCAUCCACGUGUCCAUCCCUUCCCCUUUCCAUCUUCUGUUUUGGUCUAUGGCACUUACACCAUAUUCCAUGUGUUUUGCCUUGGUCCCUCUGUGGUCGCUUUUCAUAUUUUGUUUGUGUCUUUAUCCCCUUUAUAGAAUGGAAGCUCUGUGAGGGCAGGGUCUUUGGCUUGUUUCAUUCAUGACUGUAUUCCUAAUGUCUAGAAUGGUCACUGGUAUCCAGUAGGUGCUUAAUAAAUACUAUUUUUGGACAAAUAAAGACUAAGCCAUCUGGAAUU